CUGUUAGAUAUUUAUUGUUGUAGUCGAUGAUGAAAACAUGCUACAAUUCGGAUGACUGGCUCCAAGCAUACGUUCUCCGGGCGACAACGCAUGCGCAGACCGACACAGACAGCCUUGACAACAAGCUAUCGGAUGUAUGAACCGAGGAUGAAAUGAGCAAAGCGCUGUUGUAUUUCUUCCUUGGUGUAACUUGCAGACAAAUGAGCAAGGCUUUCCAGGAUUUUAGAUAUCAUCACACGUAGUUUAUAACUGCCUUGCCUCACUAUGCCGAGCAAUAAGCCUGAGAAACAGGAAGUCAGCGAUACUGUCAAAGUUGUGGUGAGAUGUCGUCCGUUCAAUCAGAAAGAGAAGAUGAUGGGCCACAAGCAGGCCGUCGUAGUGGACGAGAUCCGUGGAACCAUUACGGUCAACAAGCUGGAGACCCCUCAUGAGCCCCCCAAAACCUUCACGUUUGACACUGUGUUUGGACCUGACAGCAAGCAGCUCGAUGUCUACAAUCUCACAGCCCGCCCCAUCGUUGAUUCAGUAUUAGAGGGAUACAAUGGAACAAUCUUUGCAUAUGGACAAACUGGCACAGGAAAAACAUUCACAAUGGAGGGUGUGAGAGCAGUGCCAGAGCUCAGGGGGAUAAUCCCAAAUUCUUUUGCUCAUAUUUUUGGUCAUAUUGCCAAGGCAGAGGGUGACACCAGGUUUUUGGUUCGCGUUUCGUACCUAGAAAUUUACAAUGAGGAAGUGCGGGACUUGUUGGGCAAGGACCAGAUGCAAAGGCUAGAGGUGAAAGAAAGGCCAGAUGUUGGUGUCUAUAUCAAGGACCUCUCUGGUUACGUUGUGAACAAUGCUGACGACAUGGACAGAAUUAUGACAAUGGGCCACAAAAACCGCUCUGUGGGUGCUACAAACAUGAAUGAGCACAGUUCCCGUUCUCAUGCUAUCUUCACCAUCACCAUUGAGUGCAGUGAAAAGGGGGUGGAUGGAAACCAGCAUGUGCGCAUGGGGAAGCUGCAUCUCGUUGAUCUGGCAGGUUCCGAGAGACAGGGCAAGACUGGAGCCACAGGUCAGCGUUUGAAGGAAGCAACAAAGAUCAAUCUCUCCCUCUCCACGCUGGGUAACGUCAUCUCUGCCCUGGUAGACGGCAAGAGCACGCACGUUCCCUACAGGAAUUCAAAACUCACCCGCCUGCUGCAGGAUUCACUCGGAGGAAACUCUAAAACCAUGAUGGUACAGCUGAAGAUUCCCUCAUGUGCCAACAUAGGCCCAGCUGACUACAACUAUGAUGAGACCAUCAGCACCCUGCGUUAUGCUAAUAGAGCUAAAAACAUCAAAAACAAGGCCAGAAUAAAUGAGGACCCCAAGGACGCCCUGCUAAGGCAGUUUCAGAAGGAGAUUGAAGAGCUGAAGAAGAAGCUUGAAGAGGGUGAAGAGAUUUCUGGCUCAGACGGCAGUGGAUCAGAGGAGAUGGACGAAGGUGAUGAUGAAGGAGCAGAAGCAGGAGAAGGCCGCAGGAGAAAAAGGGGAAGGAAGAAGGUUUCUCCAGACAAAAUGGUGGAGAUGCAGGCCAAGAUUGAGGAGGAGAGAAAGGCUUUGGAGGCCAAGCUGGACAUGGAGGAGGAGGAGAGGAACAAGGCAAGAGCAGAGCUGGAGAAAAGGGAGAAGGACCUUCUGAAAGCACAGCAGGAGCAUCACCUUCUGCUGGAGAAACUAUCAGCCUUGGAGAAGAAAGUGAUUGUAGGUGGAGUAGAUCUUCUGGCCAAGGCUGAGGAGCAAGAGAAGCUCCUAGAGGAGUCAAACAAUGAACUGGAAGAGCGGCGCAGGAGAGCAGAGCAGCUGCGUAAGGAGCUUGAGGAGAAAGAGCAAGAACGCCUAGAUAUAGAAGAGAAGUACACUAGCCUUCAGGAGGAGGCUCAAGGAAAGACCAAGAAGCUCAAGAAAGUAUGGACCAUGCUAAUGGCUGCCAAAUCAGAAGUGGCAGACCUACAGCAAGAACACAACAGAGAGAUUGAAGGGCUCUUGGAAAACAUCCGCCAGCUGAGCCGAGAACUGCGACUCCAGAUGCUGAUCAUAGACAACUUUAUUCCUCAGGAAUACCAGGAGAUGAUAGAAAAUUAUGUGCACUGGAAUGAAGACAUUGGAGAAUGGCAGCUGAAAUGUGUGGCUUACACUGGCAACAACAUGAGGAAACAGACUCCUGCUCCAGAUAAAAAGGAAAAAGACCCAUUCGAGGUGGAUCUAUCCCAUGUGUAUCUAGCAUAUACAGAAGAGAGCAUGCGGCAGUCACUGCAGAAACUAGAGAGACCCAGAACCUCUAAAAGCAGCAAGAGUGGCCGACCCAAGACUGGACGGAGGAAGAGGUCUGCAAAGCCAGACGCUGUGAUCGAAUCCCUGCUUCAGUGAUGAUGCUGCAGAAGAGUCUACCUUUCCUUUUCAUGUUAACUUAAAUAAGUUGUUAGUCCUGUUCAUAGCUGAACAUUAUAAAAUGUUCUGCAUACACUAUAUAGCGGGUCAAGUUGUUGAUGUGAAGGAGCUGAAUCUGCGAUGGAAAAAAGACCACUUAAAAAUAAAACUUGUUACAUGCACUGUGGAUUUAAACUCACGCAGAGGAUGAUUCCUUUUGCCUGAUGUUUUAACGAUUCUUUCUUUCUUUAAGAUUUCAGAAUUUCAUAAGAAGCCAUUAGUCAGGAUGCGGCAAGUUGAAAUGUGGUUAUGUCUCACAAAGUUCAAAGCAUUUGCACCGUCUGAAAUUGACUAUCAAGUCUUGACUAAUGUUCUGCUGACUGAGUGCAGUGCGAAAGGUUUUCUGUCGAAUUCAGACUGAAUGCAUUCAGCUGAAACUGUAAUGGAAAAAGUAUUCUCUUCUUAAAACAAGUAAAAGCCUUACUGUUUUUGCUCAGUUCAAUAUAAAAAAAAUCAAGUGGAAACCGGAGGAUUCAAGUUGUUGUACUGAAUUUGUAAAUUAAACUUGUGCGUGUAAUGGGUCAGAAGCAUAGUGGCAUGCAUGCUAGCCAGCUUUUUUUUCUCAUGCCAUUUGCUACUCUAUAAGAAGUCGUGUUUUUCUUUUCAGGUGUCAGGACACUGUACGCCAUGCAUACUGUAUACCUAACUAUGAAACACUACUGCUAGUUUUUGUGUGAUAAUCUGAUUUGAAGGUGUUCUGGAGGGGACACGAACUGACAUUUAUUCUGUAUCAUAAUGUAUGUCAAAUGUUUACACCGAUAAACCCUUGGAUUUUAUUUAUUAAAUUAUUUUACAUGUCUCGUCUCACUUUGUUGCAUGUUUCUCUCCUUCUCUUUCUCAUGAUCAAAUCCGUGAUGUUCCAUUUCCCCGGCUGUUCCAAGCCCUUUCAGAUGAC